AUGGCUGUAGGCGGAGCACAACAAAUGGAACUAGAUGAUGCGCAACAAUAUUCUGGUACUGCAGGUGCUUCUGGCAAAGAAAAGAAACGUUUUGAGGUGAAGAAAUGGAAUGCAGUGGCGUUAUGGGCUUGGGAUAUAGUUGUUGAUAAUUGUGCUAUUUGUCGGAAUCAUAUUAUGGACCUCUGUAUCGAAUGUCAAGCAAAUCAGGCUUCAGCAACUUCUGAAGAAUGUACUGUUGCAUGGGGUGUAUGCAACCAUGCAUUUCAUUUUCACUGUAUUUCACGUUGGCUUAAAACACGUCAAGUUUGUCCUCUUGAUAAUCGGGAAUGGGAGUUUCAGAAGUAUGGUCAUUGA